AAAAUUCCUUAUAUAAAGCGCAACCAAAAGGACAAGUAGGUGAGACUGAGAGAAAGUGAGGGAGAAGAAAGAGAAUCACAAUUCACAGUUGAACAAAAGAGGAGAGUACCACUCGCCAUCUCUUCUUCUCUCUCAUUUUUUCUCCUCCAUUCCCACUCUCUCACAGCUCACCAUACUCAUUCAGCAGAGACCAAGAUCACCAUGUUUUCAUUAAACGGAAGCACUUUUCUGGUUAAGAAAAUGAUGCACAAUAUGCGCCAGUACCAAGUGCCACUACAGAGGUACAUGGCCAUGAUGGACCUCCAGGAGAGGAAUGAAAGAUUGUUCUACAAGCUUCUCAUAGACAAUGUCGAGGAGCUUCUUCCUGUGGUCUACACUCCAACUGUAGGCGAAGCUUGCCAGAAAUAUGGAUGCAUUUUCAGACAACCUCAGGGUCUCUUUAUUAGUCUCAAAGAAAAGGGAAGGAUUCUUGAAGUCUUGAAAAAUUGGCCGGAGAAGAAGAUUCAAGUCAUUGUGGUGACCGAUGGCGAGCGGAUAUUGGGACUGGGAGAUCUUGGCUGCCAGGGAAUGGGGAUACCUGUUGGGAAGCUCUCGUUGUAUUCANCAUUCCAGUGCUUGCCUGUGACCAUUGAUGUGGGAACGAAUAACGAGCAGUUAUUAAAUGAUGAAUUUUAUAUUGGACUUAGAAGAAGGAGAGCAACAGGACAGGAGUAUGCCGAGCUCCUUCAUGAGUUUAUGUCUGCAGUGAAGCAGAACUAUGGAGAAAAAGUCCUUAUCCAGUUCGAAGACUUUGCAAAUCAUAAUGCUUUUGAUCUUCUUGCAAAGUACGGACCUACCCAUCUUGUUUUCAAUGAUGAUAUUCAGGGUACAGCAUCUGUGGUCCUUGCCGGGCUUAUGGCUGCAUUGAAUUUAGUGGGCGGUACUUUGUCUGACCAUAGAUUUCUAUUCCUUGGAGCUGGAGAGGCUGGCACUGGCAUUGCUGAACUCAUCGCACUUGAGAUUUCGAAACAGACUGGCAUCCCAGUAGAGGAGGCUCGCAAGAAGAUUUCGCUCGUUGACUCGAAGGGCUUGAUCGUCAGAUCUCGUAUUGAGACACUCCAACACUUCAAGAGGCCCUGGGCUCAUGAACAUGAACCUGUGAGAACUUUGUUGGAUGCUGUCAAGGCCAUAAAACCAACUGUAUUGAUUGGAUCAUCUGGAGCCGGAAGAACAUUCACCAAAGAAGUGGUCGAAGCUAUGGCAUCCAUUAAUAAGAAACCAGUUAUCCUUGCUCUCUCUAACCCAACGUCACAGUCUGAAUGUACGGCUGAAGAAGCUUAUGCGUGGAGUGAGGGCCGAGCCAUUUUUGCUAGUGGGAGCCCAUUUAGCCCGGUGGAAUAUAAUGGCAAAUUUUAUGCAUCCGGCCAGGCAAAUAAUGCAUAUAUCUUCCCGGGAUUUGGUCUGGGUUUGAUUAUUUCUGGUGCCAUACGAGUUCACGACGAUAUGCUUCUGGCAGCUUCGGAAGCAUUAGCUGCUCAGGUCAGCCAAGAGAACUUAGAUAAAGGGCUCAUAUACCCACCAUUCUCAAAUAUCCGAAAGAUUUCGGCCCAAAUUGCAGCCCAAGUGGCUGCUAAAGCAUAUGAACUUGGUUUGGCAACUCGUCUGCCACAACCGGAUAACCUAGAGGCAUAUGCAUUGAGCUGUAUGUACAGCCCCAACUACCGUCAUUACCGUUGAGCCUAUGAAAAGAUCCUUGUGUUUAUACUUUAACCGUGUUAUGGUUUUUGGUCUGUUUUUUCUUGUUUAUCUGUAUCUUGAAUUUGAAUCCUGCUCUUGAAUUGUUUGUUUUAGUUUCAAGUGGACUAGAGAUUUUUAGGGUGUUAGAUGCUUGAAUAUAAGAUGUGGCAUGAUGAAUGUUGUGUUUUUUAGGGAGCUCAACAUGGCAAAAAUCACCUCUCUUUAUUGCUAGUGUGGAUUGGGGUUUAUAUAUAUUUUUUCAGGUGUGAAAUGAUGAGCGGCAAGUAAUGUGAUUGUGAUCGAAGAAAAUGAAUUUGAUCCUUUUCAACUUUAUUUUUUAACUUUUUUUUUUCUUCGUCUGUCUUUUUGUAUUUUCCUAUAUUUUUCUUGGGACACAGAUUGGACAGAGCCACCCAUCUCCAAUGGAAAUUGUGUUGUAGGCAUGGAGAAAGUGAAUUAAAAAAAUUUAUAUCCAAUGGUUAGUGUUAAUUGUG